UUCAAUGUACAAAUUGUGACUAGAGACAACAACGGUAGAGCUAGGUUACAUGUCAAUUGUGACAAUGGCUUCUUCUUCCUCGGUUUGUUUCUUUCUUGUUUCCAUGGUGCUUCUUUCACAAAUCCUCUUAAUCUCUUCUUCAGCCUUGACCUCUACAAAUUACAUUGAUGCGAUAUGCCAACAUGUUGAAAAUGGUACCUUUUGUAUGCAAAUGUUAAGCGCCUAUCCUCCUGCGGUUUCUGCAAACGACUUGUUUUCACUGGCUACCAUCGUGAUCAACCUCGGCAUAUCCUAUGCCAACAAUACGGGAGGUUUUGCCGCGGAUACCGCAAAGAAAGAGCCUACAUUGAAAGAGCAGUUCAAGUCAUGCCAGGAUGAAUUUGACGGUAUUCAAUUGUAUCUAAGAAUGGCAAGGGGGGAGCUUAAGGAGUCUCCAACAAGUGCAAACUAUGAUAUCUUUCUUUGUACGGACAUCACAAUGCAUGUGAAGGAUUUGGUCGGGGGAAAGAGAGACAACGCUUCGAAGACGUUCUUGGAGAUGACAUUGCAAAUGGAGAGGCUUAUCGAUGUCGCCAUUGGAGCCACCGUAGCUCUUGGCGGGUGAAUAGGAUACAUAGAGUCAGAAAUAUGUGUUAAUUAAGCUGGCUCAUGUUUUUGAUUUGUUGUUUGCAUGUCCUCAAAGAUUGUACUGAUUUUCAUUAUCUGCAAUAAAAAAAUCUAAUAUCUUUUUGUUUUUA